UAGAAUCUGAAAGCAAAGCAGAAUGGUUGAAACCCGUCCAAGACUUCUUGUUGAGCAUAUGCUCCUGAGUUUCCUCCUUUGGCAGUUUGGUUUUAGGCAUGGAUCUUCCGAGACAACUACUGAGUUGGAUCCUAAAGAAGUGGUCGUCCUCAAUUUGAUCCUAGAUAAGUUACGGUAUAGCGGGCCAUCAUACUCCAAUAGCUCAAUUUGCCAUUAUGGAGACUUGGAGACUAUCAAAUUGAAGAUCAAUUGCACAGAGGACUGUGGACAUGACAAAAACAGCUAUUGCCAUAUCAAAGACUUUUCUUUUACUGGCGCCGCUUUAACUGGUUUUAUACCUGAAGAAGUAGAGGAGCUUAAGCAUUUGGAGACACUUGAUUUAUCCGGCAAUCAGCUUACCGGUUCCAUACCUGAUACCUUGUGGAAUUUGUCAUCCCUCAUACAAUUAGACCUUUCAAUGAAUCAACUAAACGGAGGCAUAUCAAAGCGCAUAGAAUCCUUGCGCAAUCUUACUAUUCUUGAUUUAUCCGGCAAUCAGCUUACGGGUUCCAUACCUGAUACCUUGUGGAAUUUGUCAUCCCUCAUUGCAUUAGACCUUUCAAGAAAUCAACUGACAGGAGGCAUAUCAGAGCACAUACAAUUCUUGCGCAAUCUUACUGCUCUCUAUCUGGGUUACAACUUCCUCAGCGGACAGAUACCAUCAUCUUUGGGUGCUCUGCGUUCUCUGCAAACGUUGUCUCUGUCUUAUAAUGAGUUGUCAGGUCCAAUUCCCUACCAAUUAGGAAACAUCACAGCCCUUCAAACAUUAGUUUUGAAUCAGAAUCAACUCUCUGGUCGUCUUCCACCCUCAUUUAGUAAUUUGAGCAAUCUCCAAAACUUCUGGGCGGCAUCCAAUGAUCUCACUGGAGAAUUCCCGGAUUAUGCCACUCUUACUCAGAUGAACGUAUUUUCAAUAUCUGGCAACUAUAUGUCUGGUCCCUUUCCAGCUGACUUCAUCCGAAAUUGGACCCUAAUCUCUCAUCUGUCAAUUUUGGGAAACAAUUUUGAAGGGAGUCUACCUGCAGAACUUUUUAGUUUCUCCAGUCUUGAUUAUUUAACGAUCAGUGACGUAGCUAACUCUGGUUUCCAAUUCCCACGAACUGCGAACCUGAGCAAUAUAGAAACUCUGAUAUUAAGGAACUGUUCCAUCACUGGUGAAAUCCCUGAAUACAUUGGUAAAAUGUCAAAUUUAGAAUACUUGGAUUUGAGCUUUAACAUUUUAACCGGACGAAUCCCACAAUCCAUGAGUGGUUUAAAUUUAACUCACUUGUCCUUGGCAAAAAAUAAACUUAAUGAUACAAUCCCUGCUUGGCUUGUUGCAGUCAAGACUAGAUUGGAUCUGUCGUACAAUAGCUUUUCAAAAGUUAGCUUCGGAGUGCCAGACGAUAUGCGAGAUCAUCUGAACUUGUUUGCCUGCUGCAGAAGUUCAAGUUUAACCGAUCCAGAUCAACUAUUUGUGGAUCCAAAGAAACGCAUGCCUACGCAUUGUCCUAGACGAAAAUCUAAAUCUCGUUCCUUGUUUAUAAAUUGUGGUGGUGAGGGAUUAACUGUUGGUGACAAGUAUUAUGAAGCAGAUAACUCAACUUCACUCUAUUAUAUUAGUCCUUCCAAAACCUGGGGUUAUAGCCUUUCUGGAGACUUAUCACCGGAGUCCAAUUCUAGUAAUUUCAUACAGACCCAGUCAUGUGGAAUUCAUGUUGCUGAGUCAGACUUAUAUUUAAAGGCUCGGAUUGCCCCUCUCUUCCUAAGUUAUUAUGCUUUCUGCUUACAGAAAGGCAAAUAUAACGUGACCCUUCACUUUGCUGAAAUAGUAUUCAAGGAGAAGGAAUCAUAUAGUAUACUAAAAAGACGGGUAUUUGAUGUUUAUAUCCAGGAAAAUAGAGUGCUAAUGAAUUUCGACAUUGCAAAAGAGGCAAAGGGUCCAGAUGAACCUCAAACCAAAUAUUUCAUAGCUGAUGUUAGUGAUAGUGUAUUGGAGAUUUCCUUCUACUGGGCUGGAAAGGGAUGUGCAGACGACCCGCCUACUUUGAAUGGACCUCUCAUUUCUGCUAUUUCCAUAACUCCAGUUCCCCAACGCUCUGCAUUGUGGCGAAAAUUGAAGAAAGCAUUGAUUAUUACUCUACCUUCAAGUGUAGUUGUUCUAUUGCUUCUAUUAGCUUUCAUGUGGAAAAUUGGCUGGCUGGGGAAAAGAGAGUUGAGUGAAAUACAGAUAGGCCAAGAUAAACAUGUUACCCUUCAAGAAUUAAUAGGUGCAACUCGAAAGUUUAGCAGCAAAAUGGAGAUUGGUAGAGGGCAUUUUGGAAGGGUUUAUAAGGCUGAACUGGAAGGUGGUCAAACUACUGUAGCUGUUAAAAGACUUUCUACUAACUCAAAAGAAAAAGUUGAGGAAUUAUUAAAUGAAUUCUAUGCCUUAAAGUCAUUGAGGCAUGAGAACCUUGUUCAAUUGUUGGAUGCUUAUUUUGGAGAAGGCUUGCAUUUGCUCAUCUAUGAAUAUAUGCCAAACCUGUCCAUUGCAGACGCUUUUUUUGGAUCGAAGUCCAGAUUGAAGUUUAAUUGGGAAAAUAGAUUUAACAUUUGCCUGGGAAUAGCGAGGGGUUUAGAUCAUCUUCAUGAGCACCCUAGACUCAAGAUGGUUCAUAGGGAUAUCAAAGCUGAAAAUAUCCUUCUUGAUGGAGCUCUUAAUGCUAAGAUCUCAGACUUUGGAAUGGCAAGCCUGUAUACCGAGGAAGAACAACUUAUGAUCAUCAAAGUGGAAGCACCAAACGGACAUAUGGCACCUGAGUAUGUAGUUCAAGGUUUUGUAACAAGCAAAGUUGAUGUUUACAGUUUUGGGGUGCUUAUACUCGAAAUUGUUAGUGGGAAGAAAAAUGCAGGAUACAAAUUUAACCAUGAGAGUGAGUAUCUCUUGGACAUGGCUUAUGUUGCAUAUAAAAAUGGAAGCCUCGUGGACUUGGUGGAUAAAAAUUUGUCAGGUAAUUAUGAUGCAAAACAAGCCAUCACCAUCUUAACCUUGGCCGUGAUGUGCACGAAUAUAUCUCCUACUUUAAGGCCAAGAAUGGCAGACGUUGUGAGUAUUCUUGUUGGUGAGAAAACCUUUGAGCAGAUUAAUCGGCCUACAGUGGAUGAUCAUCAGCUUAAUGUUGCCAUGGCUCAUGGCGAAUGUACCAAAGCUGAUUCUUCUACUUCCACAGACGUGAGCGCAAGGGCAUCAACUUCAACUAAAUUAAUCAAGGGGAUAGAAGAAACAGAAAUUCAUUAUGCAGAACCCGAUCUUGAAAUAUUGGAAGAGAGUCAGACCUCUUUCAGCGGAUGACAAUUAUGGCGUAGUAGUUAUGCGGAAUAAAGGCAGUGGCAGUUUGUUUUGUGUUAGAUUGUUGAAUAUAUUGCUCUGCAUUAUGUAUAUGUAGUCGGACUUCUUUAUGCAGACAGUAAGAAUAUUGUUUCAGGUUUUGUUCUCUGCAUUAUGCAUAUUUUUAACAACUACAACUACAAUGAAAAAGAAAAAAGC